GAUGCUGCUGUUUCGCUGGUGGUGGUCCACUAGCAGUGAGUCAGCACCGGAGCAGGUCUGCAGUGCAGUAAUCAGCCCAAAUGGAUCAGUUCCGUGGUUUAUUCGUCAAAUUGGACAGGAACAAAGAUGGGUUCAUCUCGCUUACAGAGCUCCACAGAGAAAUGAGCAAGCAUGGCAUCGUGGCGGCAGAUGCCAAGGUGCAGCAUGUAAUUGAUUCCUAUGACAAUGACAAAAAUGGUGUGCUGGACUAUGGUGAGUUUCUCAGCUACAUGACAGACAGAGAGAAGAACUGGAAAAUUUACUUUAAUCACCUGGACAAGAACAAGUGUGGAGUGAUUGACCAGGAGGACAUCAUAUGUUUGUUUAAGGAGUUAGGAGUGCUCAUUUCAAAGGCCAAUGCCAAAAAAGUAAUACAAAUGAUGGACACGGACAAUUCCAUGACGGUGGAUUGGGACGAAUUCUUGCAGCAUGUCAUCUUCAAGCCUGUGGACACCAUCGGGGAGUUGGUGUCUUCGUGGAAACACAGUCUGGUCUUCGACGUUGGCGAGAGCCGAGCUUUGGCCAUCGAAUUUCCCGAGGAGAAUUCCGACGUUGGUGCGUGGAGAAAGUUUGUUCUUGGUGCGGGAUUGGCUGAUGCUGUAUCCCGAACCGCCACAGCUCCCAUCGACCGCCUCAAGACCCAACUGCAGUUUUAUGGAUCCAAAGCCUUCUCUCGAGGCUUCCAGGAGAUUCGGUCUGGUGGCCUUCGUUCCAUGUGGCAAGGCAACGCCGUCAAUGUGCUGAAGGGAACGCCGCAGUCCACACUUCAGUGUCUCAUAUACGCCCAGAUGAAGGUGUCCAUGCAGGACAGAAGUCAGAAGAAUCUGAGUGUCCAGCAGCGUUUUGGCUUGGGUUGUGUGUCUGGUGCUGUCGCUCACGCGGUCUUCUACCCUUUGGAGGUGUUGAAAGUGAGACUCAACCUGCAGCGAGUGGGCACCUAUCAUGGUGUGAUGGCGUGCGCCCGCUCCAUCUACAAGGACGAGUCCCUGACCUCGUUUUACAGGGGCUUCAAACCCAGCAUCCUCUGCAUGAUCCCUUACGCAGGCGUGGAGUGUGCCGUCCAUCAGUCUAUCAUGAACUGGGCCCGGAGCGAUCCAGCCUACAGCAGCGACUCCGGGCUGUUCUUCUUCAGUUUUGUGGCCUUUGCUAGUGGGCAAAUGUCCAGUUACCCUCUGGCAGUCAUAAGAACGCAGCAGCAAGCAAAAGCAUUUUCCUCACAGUCGCAUGCCAAUUCGAGCAUACUGCAAGGCCUUCUCGGGAUUUAUCAAAGCCACGGACUGAGGGGAUACUACAAUGGGAUGGGAGCCAGCUUCGUCAGGGCUGUUCCUUGCGCCUUAAUUAAUUUCACAUUGACAAAAACUUUUGAAAAUGUUUUUUCCUUGGCAGAAACCUGAGAUUUGGCGGUUUACGUUUCUCGAGAAGGAAAUGAAUGGGUGCUCACUCAGAUCAGCCGCAUUGGAUGAUCUUGAUUUCAACUUUAAAACUUAUGCAACUGUACCAGAAGCACUCUAUAGUUGUUGUUUUUUAAUGUAAAUGUUGUUGCAGAGUGAUUGUGUAAUUGUUUAGGUAUAGUCUUAGUUUAGGUAUUCAGGAGUCAGGUGUCAUUAGGUGUUUAAGUGUAUAUGUAUUUAGUGUAAAUAGCUCCAGAUAUUUCCAUGAACUAAAGACAACAGCUCUCCACUGUGUGGGGUCAUUUUUUUUCAUCUCAUUGAUUGAUUGAUUGAAACUUUUAUUAGUAGAUUGCACAGUUCAGUACAUAUUCUGUACAAUUGACCACUAAAUGGUAACACCCGAAUAAGUUUUUCAACUUGUUUAAGUCGGUCAUGGUAUGAAUUCAUGGUCAUCCCUCAUAAAAGUGCAUUACAGUCAGUGGUGUG